AUGACGACACCUACACCCGCGACCGGCACCUCGACGCCGCUCAACCUCGACCCCGACGAAACCGUCAAGAGCCUCAAGGUGUCACUGGCAGAUCUUUCCGCAAAAGCGACAGCGUUGUACGCUCACAAAGAAUAUGAGCAGGCCUCCGAGUUGUAUGCCCAGGCGGCCGAGAUGCAAGCGGAGAUGAACGGCGAAAUGAGCCCAGACAACGCCGAGAUCCUCUUCCUCUACGGUCGCGCCCUGUUCAAGGUUGGCCAAAGCAAAAGCGAUGUUCUUGGCGGGAAAGCACCUGAGGCGAAGAAACCGAAAGCUAAGCCGAAGCCCACGAAGGUGGCUGGUGCUGCAAACGGCGGUGCCUCCACGGCUGAGAGCAGUGGUGCUGUUGCUGAGGCGGAGCGGAAGGUGGAUGAUGCUGUUGGCGACGUAGUCGCGAAAGGCGCUGCCGAAAAGGAGGAGGAGGAGGCACCCAAGACAGAGCAGAAAAUGGCCCUCUUCCAGUUUCAAGGCGACGAGAACUUUGCCGACUCGGAUGAAGAGGAGGAGGAGGAGGAGGAGGAAGACGAGGGUGAGGAUGAUGAAGAGGACGACGAUCUCGCCGUGGCGUUUGAAGUGCUUGACCUAGCGCGGCUACUCUUUAACAAGCGGCUUGAGGUUGUCCAAGCGGAGGACGGGGCGCAAGAGGGCAAGGGCAAGGAGGUUGCGGAGGCUGGCAGCGACUCGGCUGCGACCAAACACAUUAAGGAGCGUCUCGCUGAUACGCAUGAUCUACUCGCGGAAAUAUCGCUUGAGAACGAGAGGUACCCUAAUGCGAUCACCGACUCACGCGCUUCGCUUAAGUAUAAGGAAGAGCUCUAUCCUUUCGAAUCCGAGAUCAUCGCCGAAGCCCACUUCAAGUUGUCCCUCGCGCUUGAGUUCGCCUCCGUCACCAAGUCCUCCGACGAUAACGCCGAGUCGAAUGCUUCUGGUGCGGAUCAGGUCGACCAAACCCUCCGUGACGAAGCUGCCUCCGCCCUGGAGGCCGCCAUCAACAGCACCAAGCUCAAGCUACAAAACAAGGAGGUCGAGCUAGCCACCCUCCAUAACCCGGACGACAACACGGCCACGCGCCGGCAGAUUGCCGAUGUGAAGGAGGUUUUGGCCGAUAUGGAACAGCGGCUUGUCGAGUUGCGCCGCCCGCCAGUUGACCUCAACGCGGCGCUGGGUAUCGCUCCUGCGCCUCAGCCGGAAGUGUCAGAAGAGGUGAAGAAGAAUGCGACCGAUUUGUCUGGUUUGGUGAGGAAGAAGAAGAGGAAGGCGGAGGAGGAAGAGGAGAGGAGGGAGGGAGAAACGGUGAAGAAAGCGAAGGAGGCGAGCGGUGAUACAGAGAUGAGUUAG